UCACACGAAAUGAAAGUCAGGAUUCUCCCCAGCACUUUCAUAACCAAGUCAACUUCCCACCAAAUCUCAGCGGCAGUUCAAUCUUGAUCCUCACGAAUGGGCCGGAAGGGGAACGACCCCGGUCCCACGAAAUGGGCCCCCGUGGCUCUCCUCGUCAUGGGUCUGGUUUCUUGCACCGUCGUGUAUGCUUUCAUGUCAGCUGCUCUAAGAGCAAGAAGCAGCAGUGCAAGGGUUGAGUCUUUGGAGGAGGAGAGUGGCGCGGAAGAGGAGGGUGACGGGUGUUGCAAAGGGAUUGAUAACUUGGAGCUUUGGGGCCCCGCCGUGAAGUGGGGAGCCGAAUUUAAGUUUAAUUCUUCAGCGGAUUGCUGUCAAGCUUGCAGGUCUAUGUGCAGCGGCAAUUCCGGACCUUGUUUGUGUGAUACUUGGGUCUUCUGUGGAAACAAAGAAGCUUGUGGGUCCAAAUUUGGUGAGUGCUGGCUGAAGAAGCAGAAAGAUACCUUCAAACCAGAUCGCCAGGAAGCAGGAAACAAAACCAUGUGGACCUCUGGCAUAAUUUUUGGUAGAGGAGAGGCUACUGUUGCCUUCGAAACCGAGUAUGGCACUGUUCGAGUAAAGCUAUUGCCUGAAUGCUCCCCACACUCAAUAAUGUACAUCCUAGAGUUGCUAGCGUCCCGCCACUGUGCAGGCUGCCAAUUCCAUCGUGCAGAAGGUAGAGGGGAAGCUUGGGAUUCACAAGGAAAUCACAUGAAAGAUGCAUCCUUCGGGCCACCCUAUGCUCUAGUACAAGGAACUCUUGAGGCCCAAGGAGUGACAUUUCACAACAUUCCCACUGAGUUUUGCCCGACCGUGACCCGAGGUUCAGUGGCGUGGAUUGGCUCAGGCCCCGAGUUCUUUAUCAGUCUGGCAAACCAUCAAGAGUGGAGAAAUUCCUAUACUGUCUUUGGUUCUGUUCUGGACAUGGAGACUGUUGAGAAAAUCGCCCAACUCCCUACCAGGUCUGAUGUUUGGAGCGGGGUUAGCGUGUCUGUUUUGGAGAAACAUGUUCCCCUGAGGAUUCAAAGAAUCAAGGCAGGCAGUUGAGUGGAUGCCUUCAUUUUGCUCCAACUUUGUACAUGGAGGUCAUAGUUCUGUUUUUCCCUUAACAUGUUCCUCUCGGUGUCAUCCAUCAGUAAUUCCAGCUUGUAAUGUGUGUGUACUUACUACUUAGGUGUUCUCGAAUAAUAAUUUUAGAAGUUACUAUAUUGUAUUUUUUCUUCACUUAACUCUCUUAAUGUUCCUGAACUUCGUGUGCACCUGCUCCUAGGUCCAUUUUGGAAAGCUUUUGCAACAUUUAUAAGCGCUUUUGAAUGCUCUAAUUGCAGCUC